UCAGUUAGAAUUUACUAUUCAAAAUUUGAUGAAGAUUUUUCUGAUUCAUUUAAUCCUAUUUCUGAGCCUCACAAUAAAUGGCUAGAAGAAAUCAAUAAUAACAAAUUAUUAAUUGAGAAAAUUGUUGAUAUUUCAAAUCCAGCUUUUAUUGGAAGCAAUAAUUCAUUUAUUGGUAACCAAAGCAGUGUAUUGGAUACUGCAACUAAACGAUUGAGCUCAGGAAAUCUUGAUUAUAACCCUGCAAAUAUAGUGGCGCGAAUAUUCAUUGAAGAUAAUUAA